AUGUCGUCGAUUGAUGUGUCAGAAAUCUUGCGUGCUUCAACCGAGCCAUUAAAGAAGAAAUCUCGUACAAAUGGACUUGACGGUCUAUCGACAGCAACAGCAGAUACUGCCGAUAUUUUAGCAGCACUUGAAAGGGACAAUUCCCAGACUGAAAUUGUUGAUGAAACUACUGUAAAAAGGAUCAUUAUGCAAUUGGAAAAACGCUGUUUGAAAAAUCGUGAAAUGCGCAUAAAAUAUAGCGAUGAACCAACCAAAUUUAUGGACAGCGAAGUGGAUUUGAACUUAGCAAUUCAGGAGAUGCAUGUGCUUGCAACGCAGCCUGAACUUUACAAUAUUCUUGUGGAUUUAGGUGCCGCAUCCACAUUACUACAAUUAUUGGCUCAUGAAAAUUCAGAUGUACUCGAUUUCGAACCAGCGUAUGCAGAGCAGUGUGUGAGUCAAGGUCUUUUCACAUGGCUUUUGCGACGUGCAACACAGCGUGGCCCACUUGAUGCUAAUAAGAUGUUCGCGAGUGAAUUGCUUGCACUUUUACUCCAAUCAUCUGAAUCGGCCAGAAAAAAACUAACUGAUAAAAUUGAUGGCUUCGAUUUGCUUUUGAGGGCAUUAGCAAGCUAUAAACGACACGAUCCAAAUAGUGCAGAUGAACGGGAACAUAUGGAAAAUUUAUUUGACGCUGUUUGCGCCUCACUUCUCUAUGCAUCGAAUAGGCAAAAGUUCAUUGAUGGCGAAGGUCUACAACUGAUGAACUUAAUGCUAAGGGAAAAGAAACAGUCGCGAGAAAGUGCAUUGAAGGUGUUGAAUCAUGCAACGAAUGGAGUUGAAGGCAAGGCGAAUUGUAACAAAUUCAUCGAAAUUUUAGGUUUGCGUACUAUAUUUCCACUCUUCAUGCGCACACCGUCGAAAACUAAGCGCAAAGAUACAACACCAGAUGAACAUGAAGAGGACGUUUGUUCGAUUCUCUCGUCGCUGCUGCGAUCUUGCACUGAGGAUGGUCGUAAUCGUGUUCUAAUGAAAUUCGCGGAGCACGAGUACGAGAAAGUUGAUCGCGCUCUUGAAUUAUUGCUAAAAUACAAAGAACGAGUUGAUCGUUUCGAUUCUCGGGAAGCAAAGCGCAGUGAUGCAUCGAAGUUAUCCGACCAACAACUCGAGCAGCAAUACUUAGAUCGAAUGGAAUCUGGUUUGUACACACUACAGCGGAUUGCAUUGAUCCUUGCAGACGUCUGUGUGAAUGCAACUCCACAAUGCCGCCUUCGUGCUAAUCGACUAUUGCAAAUGCGUACUGGUUCCUCGAAAAUCAACAAACUUCUCAUACCAAUUCUCGAAGAGUACGAUAUCAAUUUGGCAGCUGAAGCGGAUGAAGAACGCAAAAGAACACGAUUACUGAUUGCGAGGCUCAGUGCUAUUGACAAGAACACUUGA